CCACACCCUGCAGCCUCUGGGAAGUUCCUCCGCAUUCCUGCCAUACAACACACCUAAAAAAUCAAUAGAAAGCUGGGAGGAACCUCAUACUGAGGCUGGGAGUUUGGAGGGGGGGGGCCCUGCUGUAGGACUGUAGACCAGAACCUCAUCAUCUCCGCCCUACCAGUCUCACCAUGAGUAAGGCGGGUGCAGAUGAAGGUGGAGCUGGUGGCUGCGCUGAGCCUGCCAAGCACCUGGAGGAUAAAGAUGAAAAAGGAGGAAAGAUGCUGAGCAAACUGAGCGCCGUCACCGGCUGGACCAAAGUCAGCUGCCCCUGCUGCGUCUCGGCACAGGUGGAGCCGCUGGUUCUGGUGAAGCUCGGCCCGAAAAUCGGCCCCGAGACGAAGCGGUGGCUCAUCAAGAUGAUCGGAGCUCCUCAGAAAGAUGGAGGCGCUGCUUUGCUGGCCCACCCGGGAGAGGACGCCAGCGGCGAUGUCAUUGUGGUGUCGGCCCCCCGCUGUACGUUACUUCAAGCCACCGAAGAGUUGGGUCUCUGUAAGACUUACCGCAACGGGGACUUGGAGCCCUUCUCCAACAAUGACAGAGACAACUUUAAAGAUUCAGACAACAUGGAGGUGUUUCUGACGCUGGCGGAGCGACAGUACAUCGUGAAGUACGAGCUGGAUGGACUGCGAGCACACAGGGACCUGAAGAUACCCGGCCUGCCUGACAGCUACACACUACGAAACCGAGACAACAUCUGGAGGAAGCUUUCCUCAGCUGGUGUUGUUGUGGACAUGUUUCCCCUGCACACCCCGGCCAAACUGAAGGACCUCAGUAAAACCUGGUACUCUGGGAAUCAGCUGACUCAGCCGCUGGAUUCAGUUAAUGACUAUUUUGGAAGCCCUGUGGCGUUCUACUUCAGCUUCCUUGAUUUCUACACCUGGUCUCUGCUCCCACCAGCAAUACUGGGCCUGGCCAUCACGUACUUCUCAGGUGAGGUUCAGAAGGAAACGGCCACGUCGGUCCCGGGAUCAAAGGUCACAAACGAUGACGAUGAGUCAGCACCAGUGGUCAGUGGUCACAUGCUUCAGGCGAUGUUCAGCAUGAUCUGGUCCACGCUGUUUAUGGAGAUGUGGAAACGCCGGAGCUCCUCGCUGUCGUACCGCUGGGGGACCCUGAACCUCGCAGAACGUUUUGCAGAGCCCCGGCCCGGUUUCCACGGUGACCUCGGGGUCAACCCUGUGACAGGCCGUGUGGAGCCUCUCUUCCCUGAAUGGCAGAGAGAGCUGCGCAUACUGCUGGUGUCAGUCCCAGUAGUGGGGCUGUUUCUAGGGCUGGUGGCGUUCGGUAUGAUGUGUUUCUACUGGGGGGAGGCCCAGGUGCAACAGCUACACAAAAGCUGGGACUCCCUGCUGUCCAAGGCUUUGCUCUACGUGCCCUCAGUGCUUCACAUCAUCUAUACAAACAUGCUAGCAAAUGUGUACAAGAAUGUAGCAGAGUCUCUGACUGAGUAUGAAAACCACAGAGAGGAGUCGGCCUUCCAGAACCAUCUGACAGCCAAAGUGUUGGUGUUCACCUUCUUCAACUACUUUGCCGUGCUCUUCCACAUUGCCUUCUUCAAGCAGGAUGUGCCCCUGCUUCGUAAGCGCCUGGCGUCUUUGCUGAUCGUGAGUCAGUUGGUGAACCAGGUGACAGAAGUGGUCAUACCUUUCCUGGUGGACAGAUUCAUCAGCGCCCCCAACAGGAAAGAGCGAGAAGAUGACCCACAGGAGGACAAGUUCAGGAACCAAAGAGCCCUGCCUCCUUUUCCUGGCCUGUUUGCAGAAUACAUCGAGCUCCUGGUGCAGUUUGGGUAUUUGAGUCUAUUUUCCUGCGUGUAUCCUCUGACGGCCGUGCUGCUGCUCAUCAACAACGUAACGGAGAUCCGAUCGGACGCCUAUAAGAUCUGCAACCUCUUCCGCAAAACCUUCUCCCCCCCCGUGGCUAACAUGGGUGUGUGGCAGACUGCCUUCGAGAUCCUCAGUUUUGUCUCUGUUGUUUCUAACUGCUGGCUGCUGCUGCUGUCGCCACGGUUACAAGAGCUGUGCCGGGAGGGCGGAUUGAGCAGCACAAACGUCCUGCUGUUGGCUGUUUUAGUGGAACACGUGCUGAUCUUAGUCAAGUUUAUUAUGGCAGCGCUGAUUCCCGAUGAACCUGAUUGGGUCAAAAAAAAGAGAGAGCAUAUUGAGUACACGUCCAUGCAAGCCCUGAAAGAGCAGAAGCUGCAACCUGUAAAGUCCUAACUGUGUUUCAAAGCAAUGGUGCUUGAUGUCAUCGGAGGCCACCAUCUUCAGUGUUGCUUGGAACCCAGCAGGAGAAGAGUCUCCAGCAGGGCCGACGAUGCUUACUGCUGUAGCCCUGUGUUUGUAAAGUGUUUCUGCUGCUCUCCCUGAUUUACCUGGUGCUUCUGCAGUGUGCAUACUUUGAAAUGCAGCUUCACGUUAUCUGUACACUGUGCAAUUGAAGCAGCACCUAAUUAGACUGCGAAGGAAAUGUAUAUGUUACACAGCAGGUGCAGUUUAAAGGUACUUUUUGCAAAAACCCUCUGUCAAAUGUAACGAUACCUUCCACCACAAGGCGGCAGCGUUUUUACCACAAAGUUUUAGUGUAGUUGUGCACUGCAAACAGCAUUUUAUAUGUACUAAAUUAUUUUACAUUGCUACCUUGAAAAACUUCAAAUUUUUUAGAAUAUUUUUAAAGCAUAGUCUUGUGGUGGAUGACUUGCUGCACCCUCUUGUGGUUCAAAGUGGUAUUACAUUAGAGUAUAACCAAGCCUUAGUUCCACUUUACGUAGUUGACAUCUCUUCAACAUAAUAUAUAUACGCAGGGGUUAAAGUGGGCUGAAUCAGUCCGGAAUGUCAUUCUGGCACCUUCGGUUAAUGAAUAAUUAAAUCUGAUUCGGCAUGAUGAUGCAUAUUAUUACUGAAUAAGAUAAAUUUUCAUGGACUGCAGCCUGGCGUUGCUUUCAGUGCCAGUCUGCGUAAAUUUCAGUUUCAAAAAAUUUGCACGUACUCAUUUUGCAAUUCAAAGGUUGUAUGAAAAUAUUAGGCAGUUUACUGCAGGCAAAACUGGUUCGUUUGCAGUACUGUGCAGUAUUAAAGUUUACAGUGACUGACUGUGUUGGGCUGGUUACGUCUAGGUUACACCAAAGAUAGCAGACAGGAGUUUAUAUUUAAGGUGAUGAUGCUGAUUAGAUUCACUCACUGAAGUCUACCUCUUUACAGUGUGCAGAGGUUGGACAUCAGCCAUAUAGCUCAUAUAACAUCUGCGUAUAACUCGUUGACUUGCGCUGGAUAAAUCCACACAGAGCAGUGAAUGUCGUAGUGGCAGCACAGGUCAGCUGAUCACAGCCUGCACACACAGAACAAUCUUCUGGGACUCACAAAAAUAUUGUAUGACUUAUUCCGAAGUAUUUUUUUUUCCCGUGCUGAGCUGCUACACAAUUUUAGGGUUCCCCCACCUGCCAGAUCCCACCUUAACUCCUGCUUAUGCCACAGACACAACAUCAUUUUUUUUCUUUACUUUCUGGUUACAGUUUUAGUUCAUUUUAAAAGGGUUUAAAUUCUUUUUAAAUAGUUUUUUUUUUUAACAAAAAGUACCUUUAAAGACUGUCCUACAGUAAAGCGGGUUUUUCAAAGUAAAAUUUAUGCAGUAUGUACAAUCAAUAUUUGAAAGGGACAGACAGGACUUGAUAUGUGAUGCCACUACAGUUCCAAAGACAGAUGCGAUACUUGACAACGUUUUUCAUUGUUUUCUCUCUGGGGAGUUUUUCUUCUCAGUGCUGCCACCUGGUGUUCAGCUGCGGUUCCUAAUUAUAGAUGACUGUAUGGUCACUGGAGUGAAUAUCAAAAACCAACAACUAUCAGUGAAAGGUUAGCCUUUAAAGCUGCUCUAAUCAAUAUUUGGUGUACAUCCACGAUUUAAAUACUCAUCCCUGUAGUUUACACUAUCUGCCCUGCACCCAGCAGCUGACAGACACAUUUAAUUCAGUUUAAUUUUAUUUACAUAACUCCAAAUUGCAGCAGUCCUCUCGAGGCACUUUAAUGUAAUUCUAAUUAGAUGCUAAUGGCACUGUGUGCUUGCUGCCUGUUCAGAUGAACUUUACAGGGGAAAAUGUUUCAUCUUUUUUUUUUUUUUGCUGUUACCAAAAUUUGAUUAUUGCAGCUGUAAAAUCUUUAAUUAGACUCCAUCAGAUGGAGAAAGCCUGUAUUUUUAUAGUGGUACCAGGAGAGUUUAGUGAGUAUCGGAAGUGAAAAAGCGAAUUACGGUGGUGUAUUUUACAGUUAUUUGUAAAUGAGCUUCAGGAAUGAGUUUAUUAUCCAAUAUUUUGCUAAAUCCACUUUUGUGCAAAGGACAAAAUGACAGGAAAUACUUUGAAUACUCCCUUGUAUAUUCCUGUCUUUUCCCUAAGUAACUGCAGUAUAGUUAUUUGAAUAUUUCACAUCUAGAUAUAGCUACUUUUGACUACUUUCUUGUCACAAGCGGUCACCACAGCAGGUAGCUCCACAUGUUUGAUUUGGCAGUUUUACGCCGGAUGGCCUUCCUGACACAACCCCAACAGGGAAAAUGAAUAUAUGACAUCUGUAGCAUGAGCUAAAUACGGUAAACUAAAUGCCAACAUUUGCACUGAAAGCAGUGGAAAAGAACCGCGAUUUGCUUUGCUAUUAGUAAAUCUCUUAUUUUUCUACUUGUGGGUUUUUACUUGUUUGUUAAAAACUUAUUGUAUGACUGUUAUUGCACUGCUGUGUGAUGGUUACUUUGACAUAUUCUAAGAAAUGUGUAGAAUGUGAAGCCACUGGGGAAGCCCACCAUUCUUCUACACAGUGGUAUAUUGUUCCUCAUAGAAGUCAGUUUUUAGGUGUUAGUAGUCUUUCCAGCCACCAGGAGGCACCAUUGAUUCUGGUGGUCCUAGUAAUAAUGCAGGUCAGCAAAGGUGCAGAUGGAUGGUGAGGCUUCCUCCAGAGGCUGCAGGUGCACAUGUGUUCCCCAGGACACUAAUCAUAGACAGACACUAAUCCUUUCUUGAUCUUCCUUUGUUUGGCCAUCAGCUGGCAUAGUAUAGACGUUAUGUAUAUACUAGUAUAUACAUAAUAGUAUAUACACACUAGUAUUGCCUGUUCAGGAGGGGUCCAUGAUCUGAGUCAGCAUACUUGUCAUUAUUGGAGUGUAGUAUUUGUGUUGCACCUCAUCAAUCUCUAGCUAUUAUAGCAUGUUGGGUUUCAAAGAAUCCAUAGGAUCCUUACAGGAACUACACCCUGGUUGGGAUUUGAACCCAUGACUCCUGCUCCAAAGACUGUAAUGUUACCACUACACCAUUACAGCUGAUAGGUUAAAAAAAAUAAAUAAAUAAACUUCACAACUCCACAAAUCCUGCUUACAUGUCCACGUUUGCAAUAUGAAGUCAAUAAAAUCUACUACUGUCAA